CGUGGCAGGUGCGCAGGCGCAGUGAGCACGGAGACAUGGCGUCCAGGCCCAAGCGCCGCGCCGUGGGCGCUGGGGCUCCGCCGCCGCCAGAUACCCCGGUCCCGCACCGCGAGGAAGCGGAGGAAGACGACCUCGAGGAAGAGGACGAGGACGAUGAAGACAGUGACGAAGAAGAAAGUGAUGACGACGAGGUCGUCGACGAGGAAGUGAAUGUUGAAUUCGAAGCUUAUUCCAUCUCAGAUAACGAUUAUGACGGAAUUAAGAAAUUACUGCAGCAGCUUUUCCUGAAGGCUCCUGUGAACACUGCAGAACUGACAGGUCUCUUAAUUCAGCAGAACCACAUCGGGAGUGUGAUUAAGCAAACGGAUGUUUCGGAAGACAGUGACGACGACAUGGAUGAAGAUGAGAUUUUUGGUUUCAUAAGUCUUCUAAAUUUAACUGAAAGAAAGGGCACCCAGUGCGCUGAACAAAUUAAAGAGUUGAUUCUAAGCUCCUGUGAGAAGAACUGCGAGAAGAGCGUGGUUGAGCAGCUGGACAAACUUUUGAACGACACCACCAAGCCGGUGGGCUUUCUCCUGAGCGAGCGCUUCAUCAACGUCCCUCCGCAGGUCGCGCUGCCCAUGCACCAGCAGCUUCAGAAGGAACUAGCAGAGGCCCACAAAACCAACAAGCCAUGUGGGAGGUGCUGCUUCUACCUUCUGAUUAGCAAGACGUUUGUGGGAGCAGGAAAAAGCAACCCCGGAAGGACGUGGCGCAGCCACGGGGAGGACGAGCUGCUGUUCGCGAACGCGGAGGAGGAGUUCUUCCACGAGAAGGCGAUCCUGAAGUUCAGCUAUUCGGUGCAGGAGGAGAGCGACACAUGUCUGGGAGGCAGGUGGUCCUUCGAUGACGUACCAAUGAAGCCCUUGCGAACGGUGAUGUUAAUUCCAUGCGACAAGAUGAAUGAAAUCAUGGAUAAGCUGAAAGAUCAUCUGUCUGUCUAGCCCAUUUCCCACGGACAGUGGGGUGCUUGUUUUUGUAAAAUUACCAGAAAACUCAGUGGAGAUUUACUGAAAAACUGAUGACUUUAUUUAGAUUUAGGUCCUCUACAAAAAGUAGGGUUCUGUUGCCUGUGUCUGUGACACAUUUACAAAAUACGUUUUUUGUUUUUUAUUUUUAAAUUUUGGUCAAAUUAUGAAUAGUUGAUUAAAAACUUUCCCAAUAAGAAGAAAAA